ACAUGCCUUGAAUCACAGGAUACAUUUACCUACAUCUGCCAAUGUGUUUCUGGAUGGACUGGAACCAACUGUGAAAGUCUUAUAUUGAGCUGUGGAAGUCAACCCUGCAUGAAUGGAGGAACUUGCCUGGAAAGUGGAAACAAUUUUGCCUUCUUCUGUCAAUGUACGGCUGGAUGGGCAGGACUGAACUGUGACACUCCGGUUGAUGUUUGUGUGUCCAGUCCUUGUCAGAAUGGAGCCACAUGUGUGAAUGGUCAGACAUCUUAUUCUUGUCAAUGUACGGCUGGAUGGACAGGACUGAACUGUGACACUCAGGUUGAUGUUUGUGCGUCCAGUCCUUGUCAGAAUGGAGCCACAUGUGUGAAUGGUCAGACAUCUUAUUCUUGUCAAUGUACGGCUGGAUGGACAGGACUGAACUGUGACACUCAGGUUGAUGUUUGUGUGUCCAGUCCUUGUCAGAAUGGAGCCACAUGUGUGAAUGGUCAGACGUCAUAUUCUUGUCAAUGUACGGCUGGAUGGACAGGACUGAACUGUGACACUCAGGUUGAUGUUUGUGCGUCCAGUCCUUGUCAGAAUGGAGCCACAUGUGUGAAUGGUCAGACAUCUUAUUCUUGUCAAUGUACGGCUGGAUGGACAGGACUGAACUGUGACACUCAGGUUGAUGUUUGUGCGUCCAGUCCUUGUCAGAAUGGAGCCACAUGUGUGAAUGGUCAGACAUCUUAUUCUUGUCAAUGUACGGCUGGAUGGACAGGACUGAACUGUGACACUCAGGUUGAUGUUUGUGCGUCCAGUCCUUGUCAGAAUGGAGCCACAUGUGUGAAUGGUCAGACAUCUUAUUCUUGUCAAUGUACGGCUGGAUGGACAGGACUGAACUGUGACACUCAGGUUGAUGUUUGUGCGUCCAGUCCUUGUCAGAAUGGAGCCACAUGUGUGAAUGGUCAGACAUCUUAUUCUUGUCAAUGUACGGCUGGAUGGACAGGACUGAACUGUGACACUCAGGUUGAUGUUUGUGCGUCCAGUCCUUGUCAGAAUGGAGCCACAUGUGUGAAUGGUCAGACAUCUUAUUCUUGUCAAUGUACGGCUGGAUGGACAGGACUGAAAUGUGACACUCAGGUUGAUGUUUGUGUGUCCAGUCCUUGUCAGAAUGGAGCCGCAUGUGUGAAUGGUCAGACAUCUUAUUCUUGUCAAUGUACGGCUGGAUGGACAGGACUGAACUGUGACACUCAGGUUGAUGUUUGUGUGUCCAGUCCUUGUCAGAAUGGAGCCACAUGUGUGAAUGGUCAGACAUCUUAUUCUUGUCAAUGUACGGCUGGAUGGACAGGACUGAACUGUGACACUCAGGUUGAUGUUUGUGUGUCCAGUCCUUGUCAGAAUGGAGCCGCAUGUGUGAAUGGUCAGACAUCUUAUUCUUGUCAAUGUACGGCUGGAUGGACAGGACUGAACUGUGACACUCAGGUUGAUGUUUGUGUGUCCAGUCCUUGUCAGAAUGGAGCCACAUGUGUGAAUGGUCAGACAUCAUAUUCUUGUCAAUGUACGGCUGGAUGGACAGGACUGAACUGUGACACUCAGGUUGAUGUUUGUGUGUCCAGUCCUUGUCAGAAUGGAGCCACAUGUGUGAAUGGUCAGACAUCAUAUUCUUGUCAAUGUAUGGCUGGAUGGACAGGACUGAACUGUGACACUCAGGUUGAUGUUUGUGUGUCCAGUCCUUGUCAGAAUGGAGCCGCAUGUGUGAAUGGUCAGACAUCUUAUUCUUGUCAAUGUACGGCUGGAUGGACAGGACUGAACUGUGACACUCAGGUUGAUGUUUGUGUGUCCAGUCCUUGUCAGAAUGGAGCCACAUGUGUGAAUGGUCAGACAUCAUAUUCUUGUCAAUGUAUGGCUGGAUGGACAGGACUGAACUGUGACACUCAGGUUGAUGUUUGUGCGUCCAGUCCUUGUCAGAAUGGAGCCACAUGUGUGAAUGGUCAGACAUCUUAUUCUUGUCAAUGUACGGCUGGAUGGACAGGACUGAACUGUGACACUCAGGUUGAUGUUUGUGCGUCCAGUCCUUGUCAGAAUGGAGCCACAUGUGUGAAUGGUCAGGCAUCUUAUUCUUGUCAAUGUACGGCUGGAUGGACAGGACUGAACUGUGACACUCAGGUUGAUGUUUGUGCGUCCAGUCCUUGUCAGAAUGGAGCCACAUGUGUGAAUGGUCAGACAUCUUAUUCUUGUCAAUGUACGGCUGGAUGGACAGGACUGAACUGUGACACUCAGGUUGAUGUUUGUUUGUCCAGUCCUUGCUUGAAUGGAGCUACUUGCCUUGGGAAUCAGACCUCUUAUACUUGCACAUGCAGAAUUGGAUGGAGUGGAACAAAUUGUGAUAUUCAAAUAUUGGCUUGUGUGAGUGGUCCAUGUAAGAACAAUGGGCAGUGUGCAGAGGAUCCAGACAGAUUUGCCUACAUUUGUUCCUGUACUGGAGUCUGGACUGGAGCUACCUGUGAGAUCCCUGAUGCAUGUAGUUUGAAUCCAUGUCUGAAUGCUGGUGUGUGUAGUAAUGUAGGAAGCUCAUAUGAAUGUACGUGUGCCGUUGGAUGGAUAGGAACUCGAUGUGAAACAGCUGUGAACUUCUGUUCGUCAACGCCAUGUCUUAAUGGAGGCUUCUGUAGAAACCUUGCAAGUACUUAUGAGUGUGACUGCUCCAUUGAAUGGACAGGCAACCAGUGUGAAAUCGCUAAAGACGCUUGUAUUGGAACACCAUGCCAGAAUAACGCUACCUGCCUCAAUCAAUUUGACUUCUUUGUUUGUCAGUGCCAACCUGGAUAUGCAGGAUUUGAUUGCAGCCAAGAUAUCAAUGAGUGCAUGAGUAGUCCAUGUUCUAAUGGAGCAAAUUGUGUGAACCAGUUGAAUGGAUACCAGUGUAUUUGUGAACUUGGUUGGACUGGACCAAUGUGUUCUAUAGAUGUAGAUGAAUGUUUAAGUGAUCCAUGUCUGAACGGUGCUUCAUGUAACAACCUUUUGAACAGCUACCAGUGUGUGUGCAGACAGGGCUACACCGGCCCUCUUUGUGGCAUAGAGAUUGAUUUCUGCUUCAAUACUCCGUGCCAGAAUGGUGCAACAUGUCAGAGUACAACUACCCAGUACGUCUGCCAAUGUGCGUCAGGCUUCAAUGGUACCAAUUGUGAUAAUGAUAUUGAUGAGUGUACGAGCAAUCCUUGUUUGAAUGGUGGAGGCUGUUUAGAUAUAUUGAAUGGAUACUCAUGUAGCUGUCCAGUAUCCCAUACUGGUAACAACUGUGAAACAGAGUUGGAUCCCUGUGUGUCCAAUCCAUGCCUGAACCAAGCAGUCUGUAAUAAUAUGUUCACCGUCUACACUUGUAGUUGUCGGACAGGAUUUACUGGCAUUCAUUGUGAACAAGAUAUAAAUGAAUGUUCCAGUAGUCCAUGUCAGAACAAUGCGACAUGUGUCAAUGAGGAAGGUUUCUUCACAUGUCUCUGUGCACCAGGCUGGGACGGUAACACAUGUACUGUGGAAAUUGAUGAGUGCGUAAGUCUACCAUGCAUGAAUGGAGCUAACUGCGUGAACCUGUUAAAUGGGUACCAGUGCCAGUGCCUACUUGGUUGGCAAGGACCUUUAUGUGAUAGUGAGGUGAAUGAGUGUGAAAGCAGUGCAUGUUCGAAUGGAGGAACUUGUCUUGACUUGGUGAAUGGAUUCCAGUGUCAAUGUGCAGUUGGAUUUACAGGUUUAUUCUGUGAAAUAGGCGUUGAUGAGUGUAUGUCACAUUCAUGUGAGAACGGAGCAACUUGUAUUGACUUACCCAAUAGCUACCGAUGUGACUGUGCACCAGGCUAUCAGGGAAUAUUCUGUCAAAUUGGUAUCAUGGAGUGUUCCAGUGUUCCUUGUAUGAAUGGAGCUACUUGUGUUGACUUGAUCAAUGGUUAUAGAUGCGACUGUGCUUUAGGAUUUAAUGGAAUCAAUUGUCAAACAGAUAUUUUAGAGUGUGUAAGUUCACCUUGUUUGAAUGGAGGAACCUGUCUGGACUUGGUGAAUGGAUUCCAGUGUCAAUGUACAGUUGGAUUUACAGGUGUAUUCUGUCAAACAGAUCUCAAUGAAUGUGUGAGUUUCCCAUGUAUGAACGGAGGAGUUUGUUUAGAUUCAGUGAAUGGUUUCCAGUGUGCAUGCUCAAGUGGAUACACAGGGAGUCUAUGUGAAACAGACAUUGAUGGGUGUAUGUCACAUUCAUGUGAGAAUGGAGCAACUUGUAUUGACUUACCCAAUAGCUACCGAUGUGACUGUCCACCAGGCUUUCAGGGAAUAUUCUGUCAAAAUGGUAUCAUGGAGUGUUUGAGUAUUCCGUGUAUGAAUGGAGCUACUUGUGUUGACUUAAUCAAUGGUUAUAGAUGCGACUGUGCUUCAGGAUUUAAUGGAAUCAACUGUCAAACAGAUGUGAAUGAAUGUGGAAGCAGUGCAUGUUUGAAUGGAGCAACAUGCUUGGAUUUAGUGAAUGGUUUUCAAUGUCAGUGUCCAGCGGGUUACACAGGAACCUUCUGUCAAACAGGUGCAUGUGAAAGUCUACCAUGCUUCAAUGGAGCUGUCUGCGUUGAUAUGAUCAAUGGUUUCCAAUGUCAAUGUGCAGCUGGCUUUACUGGGGACCUUUGUGAUAGAACCAUUUUGGAAUGUGUCAGCCUGCCAUGUAUGAAUGGAGCUACUUGUGUUGACUUGAUCAAUGGUUAUAGAUGCGACUGUGCUUUAGGAUUUAAUGGAAUCAACUGUCAAACAGAUGUGAAUGAAUGUGGAAGCAGUCCAUGUUUGAAUGGAGCAACAUGCUUGGAUUUAGUGAAUGGUUUUCAGUGUCAGUGUCCAGCGGGUUACACAGGAACCUUCUGUCAAACAGAUAUUUUAGAAUGUGUGAGUUCACCUUGUAUGAAUGGAGGAAUUUGUCUUGACUUAGUGAACGGAUUCCAGUGUCAAUGUGCAGUUGGGUUUACAGGUGUAUUCUGUCAAACAGACAUUGAUGGGUGUAUGUCACAUUCAUGUGAGAAUGGAGCAACUUGUAUUGACUUACCCAAUAGCUACCGAUGUGACUGUCCACCAGGCUUUCAGGGAAUAUUCUGUCAAAAUGAUAUCCUGGAGUGUUCCAGUAUUCCGUGUAUGAAUGGAGCUACUUGUGUUGACUUGAUCAAUGGUUAUAGAUGCGACUGUGCUUCAGGAUUUAAUGGAAUCAACUGUCAAACAGAUGUGAAUGAAUGUGGAAGCAGUGCAUGUUUGAAUGGAGCAACAUGCUUGGAUUUAGUGAAUGGUUUUCAGUGUCAGUGUCCAGCGGGUUACGCAGGAACCUUCUGUCAAACAGAUAUUUCAGAAUGUGUGAGUUCACCUUGUAUGAAUGGAGGAAUUUGUAUUGACUUGGUGAAUGGAUUCCAGUGUCAAUGUGCAGUGGGAUUUACAGGUGUAUUCUGUCAAACAGACAUUGAUGGGUGUAUGUCACAUUCAUGUGAGAAUGGAGCAACUUGUAUUGACUUACCCAAUAGCUACCGAUGUGACUGUCCACCAGGCUAUCAGGGAAUAUUCUGUCAAAAUGAUAUCCUGGAGUGUUUGAGUAUUCCUUGUAUGAAUGGAGCUACUUGUGUGGACUUGAUCAAUGGUUACAGAUGCGACUGUGCUUUAGGAUUUAAUGGAAUCAACUGUCAAACAGAUGUGGAUGAAUGUGGAAGCAGUGCAUGUUUGAAUGGAGCAACAUGCUUGGAUUUAGUGAAUGGUUUUCAGUGUCAGUGUCCAGCGGGUUACACAGGAACCUUCUGUCAAACAGAUAUUUUAGAAUGUGUGAGUUCACCUUGUAUGAAUGGAGGAAUUUGUCUUGACUUGGUGAAUGGAUUCCAGUGUCAAUGUGCAGUUGGAUUUACAGGUGUAUUCUGUCAAACAGACAUUGAUGGGUGUAUGUCACAUUCAUGUGAGAAUGGAGCAACUUGUAUUGACUUACCCAAUAGCUACCGAUGUGACUGUCCACCAGGCUAUCAGGGAAUAUUCUGUCAAAAUGAUAUCCUGGAGUGUUUGAGUAUUCCGUGUAUGAAUGGAGCUACUUGUGUUGACUUGAUCAAUGGUUAUAGAUGCGACUGUGCUUUAGGAUUUAAUGGAAUCAACUGUGAAACAGAUGUGAAUGAAUGUGGAAGCAGUGCAUGUUUGAAUGGAGCAACAUGCUUGGAUUUAGUGAAUGGUUUUCAGUGUCAGUGUCCAGCGGGUUACACAGGAACCUUCUGUCAAACAGAUAUUUCAGAAUGUGUGAGUUCACCUUGUAUGAAUGGAGGAAUUUCCACUCUAAUAAAUCAUUUUGGAUGUUACUUAUAUUUUAAUUCAAUUUAUUGCGCAGAUAUUUUAGAAUGUGUGAGUUCACCUUGUAUGAAUGGAGGAAUUUGUCUUGACUUGGUGAAUGGAUUCCAGUGUCAAUGUGCAGUUGGAUUUACAGGUGUAUUCUGUCAAACAGACAUUGAUGGGUGUAUGUCACAUUCAUGUGAGAAUGGAGCAACUUGUAUUGACUUACCCAAUAGCUACCGAUGUGACUGUCCACCAGGCUACCAGGGAAUAUUCUGUCAAAUUGAUAUCCUGGAGUGUUUGAGUAUUCCUUGUAUGAAUGGAGCUACUUGUGUUGACUUGAUCAAUGGUUAUAGAUGCGACUGUGCUUCAGGAUUUAAUGGAAUCAACUGUCAAACAGAUGUGGAUGAAUGUGGAAGCAGUGCAUGUUUGAAUGGAGCAACAUGCUUGGAUUUAGUGAAUGGUUUUCAGUGUCAGUGUCCAGUGGGUUACACAGGAACAUUUUGUCAAACAGAUAUUUUAGAAUGUGUGAGUUCACCUUGUAUGAAUGGAGGAAUUUGUCUUGACUUGGUGAACGGAUUCCAGUGUCAAUGUGCAGUUGGAUUUACAGGUGUAUUCUGUCAAACAGACAUUGAUGGGUGUAUGUCACAUUCAUGUGAGAAUGGAGCAACUUGUAUUGACUUACCCAAUAGCUACCGAUGUGACUGUGCACCAGGCUACCAGGGAAUAUUCUGUCAAAAUGAUAUCCUGGAGUGUUUGAGUAUUCCUUGUAUGAAUGGAGCUACUUGUGUUGACUUGAUCAAUGGUUAUAGAUGCGACUGUGCUUUAGGAUUUAAUGGAAUCAACUGUCAAACAGAUGUGAAUGAAUGUGGAAGCAGUGCAUGUUUGAAUGGAGCAACAUGCUUGGAUUUAGUGAAUGGUUUUCAGUGUCAGUGUCCAGUGGGUUACACUGGAACCUUCUGUCAAACAGAUAUUUUAGAAUGUGUGAGUUCACCUUGUAUGAAUGGAGGAAUUUGUCUUGACUUGGUGAAUGGAUUCCAGUGUCAAUGUGCAGUUGGAUUUACAGGUGUAUUCUGUCAAACAGACAUUGAUGGGUGUAUGUCACAUUCAUGUGAGAAUGGAGCAACUUGUAUUGACUUACCCAAUAGCUACCGAUGUGACUGUCCACCAGGCUACCAGGGAAUAUUCUGUCAAAAUGAUAUCCUGGAGUGUUUGAGUAUUCCUUGUAUGAAUGGAGCUACUUGUGUUGACUUGAUCAAUGGUUAUAGAUGCGACUGUGCUUUAGGAUUUAAUGGAAUCAACUGUCAAACAGAUGUGAAUGAAUGUGGAAGCAGUGCAUGUUUGAAUGGAGCAACAUGCUUGGAUUUAGUGAAUGGUUUUCAGUGUCAGUGUCCAGCGGGUUACACAGGAACCUUCUGUCAAACAGAUAUUUUAGAAUGUGUGAGUUCACCUUGUAUGAAUGGAGGAAUUUGUCUUGACUUGGUGAAUGGAUUCCAGUGUCAAUGUGCAGUUGGAUUUACAGGUGUAUUCUGUCAAACAGACAUUGAUGGGUGUAUGUUACAUUCAUGUGAGAAUGGAGCAACUUGUAUUGACUUGCCCAAUAGCUACCGAUGUGACUGUCCACCAGGCUACCAGGGAAUAUUCUGUCAAAUAGAUAUCAUGGAGUGUUCCAGUAUUCCGUGUAUAAAUGGAGCUACUUGUGUUGACUUGAUCAAUGGUUAUAGAUGCGACUGUGCUUUAGGAUUUAAUGGAAUCAACUGUCAAACAGAUGUGGAUGAAUGUGGAAGCAGUGCAUGUUUGAAUGGAGGAACAUGCUUGGAUUUAGUGAAUGGUUUUCAGUGUCAGUGUUCAGCGGGUUACACUGGAACCUUCUGUCAAACAGAUAUAUUAGAAUGUGUGAGUUCACCUUGUAUGAAUGGAGGAAUUUGUCUUGACUUGGUGAAUGGAUUCCAGUGUCAAUGUGCAGUUGGAUUUACAGGUGUAUUCUGUCAAACAGACAUUGAUGGGUGUAUGUCACAUUCAUGUGAGAAUGGAGCAACUUGUAUUGACUUACCCAAUAGCUACCGAUGUGACUGUCCACCAGGCUACCAGGGAAUAUUCUGUCAAAAUGAUAUCCUGGAGUGUUCCAGUAUUCCGUGUAUGAAUGGAGCUACUUGUGUUGACUUGAUCAAUGGUUAUAGAUGCGACUGUGCUUUAGGAUUUAAUGGAAUCAACUGUCAAACAGAUAUGAAUGAAUGCCUAAGCAAUCCGUGUUUGAAUGGAGCAACAUGUAAUGACAUGAUCAAUGCCUAUCAGUGUGUGUGUGGAGCCGGCUUCACUGGUACUCGCUGUGAGAUAGCCAUCAUUGAUUGUUCGUCUGGUCUUUGCCAGAAUGGAGCUACAUGUUUUAAUAUUGCAGCGGGUUUCAUUUGUCAAUGUGCUGUUGGAUAUGAAGGGGAGCUCUGUCAGUCUGCACGUACUGAUCUUUGUGCCUCCAAUCCAUGUCUCAACGGUGCAGUUUGUAAUAACUUCUUUGAGUUUUACACAUGUAGCUGUUUGACAGGUUUCACUGGGCUUCAUUGUGAAGUCCACAUUGGAUGUUUGAGUAACCCAUGUUUGAAUGGAGCUACAUGUACUGAGGCUGGUGCUGCAUAUGUUUGCCAGUGUCCGCAAGGCUACCAAGGAGUCAACUGUCAAUCAGUAAUCAACAACUGCGAUGGUAAUGGAUGCUUGAAUGGGGCUGCAUGUUUCUCUAUAGAAGGAGGGUAUCGAUGUGAAUGUCCGGCUCAAUUUACUGGAAUCUUCUGUGAAAUAUCUACAGUAAACUGUGCCAGUAAUCCAUGUGAGAAUGGAGCUACUUGUGUAGAUGAACCCAGUGGGUUCCAAUGCAAUUGUGCCACACCUUGGGAAGGGCAAUUCUGCACCAUAGCUCGUGCCGAUGUCUGUUUAUCUACGCCAUGUCUGAAUGGAGCAACAUGUGUCAACUUUUUUGACUUCUAUGAAUGUAUUUGCGCAUCGGGCUACUUCGGCGCUAACUGUCAAGAGUACAGAGGAUGUGAGAGCAACCCUUGUAUGAAUGGUGCAACUUGUUUGGAUAUGACUGAUCGCUAUGAGUGUACCUGCGCUCCUGGUUAUACUGGCACUCUCUGCCAAGGAGAAAUUGACAUGUGUAUACCCAAUCCAUGUCAGAAUGGUGCUGUGUGUACCAACCUACUGGUAUCCUACCAAUGUACAUGCUUAGCAGGAUGGACUGGUGCUAACUGUGAUCAGGUGUUAGAUGCUUGUGAGCCUAAUCUAUGUCUGAAUGGUGCUACAUGUAUCAACCUUGUUACACGCUACGUGUGUCAAUGCGCAUCUGGAUGGACUGGUGCCAAUUGUGAAACAGAGAUGUUGGCGUGUCUUUCCCUUCCAUGUCAGAACGGAGGAACAUGCAAUGAGUUCUUCAAUUUCUACACGUGCACUUGUCCUGCAAGUCACAUUGGCAAUAACUGUGAACAAGAACUUGAUCCCUGCAUGUCUACACCAUGCCUCAAUGGAGGUACUUGCCGUAAUUUGGGAUCAUCUUAUGAGUGUGACUGCCCUGAUGAAUGGGAAGGAAUUGUCUGCCAAGCACGUGUGCGACUAUGUGAUGCCAACCCAUGUUGGAAUGAGGCUGUGUGUGUAGAGACACUCAAUGGGUUUCUUUGUAUUUGCCAAGAUGGUUUCGAAGGAGAUCUAUGUAAACAAGAGGUGGAUGCCUGUAAGAGUAGUCCAUGUUUGAAUGGUGGAGUAUGUACCAACCUCCGUACAUCUUAUACGUGUGACUGUAUACCAGGAUGGACAGGCCCCCGUUGUACUAUAGAUAUUGAUGAAUGUAGCAGUAAUCCGUGUAGUAAUGGAGGAACCUGUACUAACCUUCUCAAUCAGUAUACAUGUACAUGCACUGCGGCAUUCUCAGGACCAACUUGUGCCAACGGAGUGGGUUGCGAUCUUGCCUGCACCAAUGGUGGAGUUUGUAACAACAGAGGAGAUCUUGUAACAUGUUUAUGCCCGCUAGGUUGGACUGGGGAGCUUUGUCAAAUUGAUGUGGAUGAAUGUAGCAGUAAUCCUUGCAAUAACGGAGGGACAUGCCUCAACCUGCUGAAUGCAUAUUUAUGUACCUGUCCAUUAGGAUUUGGCGGCAUUCGUUGUCAGUUAUUGACUGAUUCCUGCGAUAGUAAUCCAUGCAUCAAUGGCGGAUCAUGUAUGUCUCAAGUUGGAGGUUUCCUGUGUGAUUGUCUAGAAGGAUUCUGGGGACUACGCUGUGAAGCAGUGAACACUUGUGUACGAGAUAUAACCUUAGAACCCGGAGGUACAGCCGAACUUCAGUCGCCCAACUACCCCGAUAAAUAUGAUAACCGUCGACUCUGCCAGUGGCUGAUCACAAUCCCUGCCGGCCGAACGAUGAGACUCAUAUUCCGUGACUUCUACACGGAGGAAGACUUUGAUUGGUUUGAAGCCGGUGAUGGUCUUAAUCCCGACGAUGAACAAUCCGUUAUCUUAAGAGUGUCCGGGAAUUUCAUCCCAGCAAACUUUGUAUCCAGCACCAACAAGAUGUGGGUUCGGUUUACGUCCGAUAUUCGGCGUGCAUUCCGUGGAUUUCUCGUGGAGGUUAUUGAUAACGCCCUGUCAGUUGGAUGUCGUGGUGAACCCUGUCUUCACGGAUCUACAUGUGUUGCAUCUGAAAAUCAACCCACAGAGUAUAAGUGUUACUGCUCCUUUGGUUGGCAUGGAUCAUUUUGUGAGCAAUUGAUAGAACCAGGUACCGAUCAGUGUCUGUUUCAUCAGUGUGAGAAUGGAGGUGUUUGUGUUGCUAGCGGGACGGCUUAUACAUGCACCUGCUUGCUCGGUUACCGGGGACAGUUCUGUCAAACAGUGUCUGUUGAUCCUUGUCUACUGAGCAACCCAUGCAGUAAUGGAGGUACAUGCAGUAAUGUAGGAGGCCAAUUUUUCUGUCAAUGUCUCCCUGGCUACACAGGCUCAUUCUGCCAAACAGAUAUCGAUGAGUGUGCCAGUCAACCAUGUCUAAAUGGAGGUUUAUGCAUCGGAGGAGUCGACCGAUACCUCUGCUUCUGUCAGAGUCAAUUCGCGGGAGACAACUGUGAAAUCCCACCUCCAGAUCCUUGCAGUUUUACUCCGUGUCAAAAUGGCGGAGUGUGCGUUACUCGUGAUGUGACUACAUUUGAGUGUACCUGCCUGACUGGUUUCACCGGGGCAUUCUGUGAAACACAAACUGGUUGUCAUAGUAAUCCAUGCCUGAAUCAAGCAGUGUGUAGUGAAGCCGGUGGAGGUCUGUAUCGAUGCUCAUGUCAGCCAGGGUUUACUGGAGUCAACUGUGGAGCUUUUGUAACAACUUGUGCUGACAAUCCUUGCAUGUCUGGUAUUUGUGCUGAGACUGGAGCAACGUCUUUCCGAUGUGACUGUUUCCCAGGAUGGGAGGGAACUUUUUGUCACAGAGAUAUUGAUGAAUGCGCUGGUAAACCGUGCAUGAACUCAGCACUAUGCUUGAACCAGCAGAAUCAGUACAGAUGUAUUUGCCAAAAUGGCUUCUCGGGUAAAAACUGUGACAUUGCACCAUCCACUGCGGGUACGACCAACAAGCCUCUCGCCAGCCCUUUGAUUCUGGAUCCAAUGUGGAUUGCUAUCAUGGCGUCGCUUGGAUUCCUUAUAAUUGUGUUCCUCAUCCUCCUUUGCUGUGUUUGGGGAAGAAGUAGCAGUCAACUAGAGCCUAAAUGGGGAAAAGCAUGACCGUAGAAACCACUAGAAUGCUAUAGAGUCAACAUGUGUGCAUCAUUCAGGACUAUAUACACUGCACUUGUGCAUCUUUCACACCAUUCCAUUAAGUUAACAUACCUGUAAGACCCUAUUGGUAAAAUGGUGCAUCUCAAAAUAUACUAUUUCGAGAACAUCGUUAUGGUUUUUUUAUUUGAUCAACUGCCAUUUUCAUUUACAUAUGAGAUAGUAGUUUUUUAUCUUUGUUUAGAAAGCCAUGAUUGAUAAAUUUGCUUCACUGAAGUCAGAAAUACACAACUUCACUUUAUUUUCAACAAAGGCAAGUGUGAGAUGCAGUGUUUUUGUAUAUACAAGUCACAAACUUCAAGUUUUACAUGCCAUUUAUACAGAGUGUGUUUAACAACAACGUUCAUCAGUUGACUUUGAGAUUUUCACAAUCCGAAAAGAGCAGCUCACAUUACUUGGAAAUGAUUUUGUAUUCGAGGACAUCAUUUCACUCGAACAGGGCCAUAUAGGGAUUGCUUGAAAGCAAUGACUGUAUAUUGUUGUAAAGACAGUAUAGAGAGGAACAGUACUCAGUGUGCAAAGGUUUAUCAUGUAUAUGCCAAUUAAGUUGGUAAUAAUAGUCUACCAUUUUUAUAUAUAUUUUGUAUCUUAUCAUCAAUAUUUUUAUAUCCAUAUUGCCGCUUAUGAAAUAAUCGUAUUUGACAGAUACAAUAUUCCUGCUAUUUAUGUUAAUAAUAAAGUGGCAGGUAUAUUUUUUUAAUCACACUGUCUACAGUUGUAAUAGUUGUUGUUUUUAUUAUUAUGGAGUUUUUGUUCAGAGUGACAAUCUAAUAAUUAUUCUGUUGUGUAAAUGUUAACUACUUAAUGUUGCACCAUCCGUAUUGAGUUCAACAGUGUAUUUCGUUUUUUUAUAGACGAUGUGACCUCUGACGUCACUCAAAAACCAUAACAUGAUUCACGCGCAUACCGCCGGGCAAAACCUUUGUGUUUUGGCAGCCAGCUAGAAAGUACACGCAAUCUUACCAUGUCUACGCAUCUUUUUUGCACGGUGAAACAUGACGUGUACAGUCUAUUGUCAACAUAUGGCGGUUUGAAUGUAAACAAAGGUCACAUCGUCUAUACCUGGACCCAACUUGAUAAAGAAGAACAAAUUGCUUAUUGCAUAAACAUAGUACUUAGCAGAAACAGGUUGCCAUACAAAAUAUUGUUAUUGUUUGUGGCUCGUCCCUUGCUAAAUAUUAUGCUGUUAUGAUAAAACAUUUGGCAAAUACUUUCUUCUUUUAAAACAGCUAUUUCAAACUGGGCCUGAUUUUUAGCAUUAUGUAUGAACAUUAUCUACCUGAUUAUAUAAAUAGUAAUGAAUUUAGUAUGUAUGGAAAUCUAUGUUAAAAACAUUCUUAUGACAUCUUUACUUUAAAAAAGCAAAUGUACAUGUAUUUUAUUAUUUUUUAGUAUUAUGUAGUUUAUACUUCUGUUGUCCUUGAUAAAAAGGCAUAAUUACACUCUGUGUUUGAUUCAAUCAAUAUUUUGUGUUCAAUCUUAUAAGUUUGAAAAAAAGUGAAACAAAUGGAGUUAACUUCACUGAGUCUGGUAUGUUUUAUGACCACCAGUCAAUCUCGUGAAAGUGGGGGUAUUUACAGGUGUCUUGUAUUUCAUACUCUUCUAGCAUGUUGUCAAGAGCAAGUUAUGUUAACAUCCUUAAGCAUGAAGUCAUUUUCAACAUAUUAUCUCAAACCUGAAGUCUGUCGAUAUUUAUUUAAAAAUAAGGCAUUAUUUGCAUUUGACAUUAUGCGAAUUUCGGCUUUGGAAUGUGUAGGUCCAUUUGUUGUUGAUAUGUAAUGAUAUUGAUGCUUCUAAUUUCCCUAUGAAAAAGAUCAACUUAAACGCCUUUUUACACAACUUUAAUUUUAAAGACUAAAUAACUCUAUCUAACUUCUGCAAAAUAGUGCAUCACAAAACUGUGUUUGAUCUUGGGUUGAACCCCACUACAUAAUAUUAACAGUAACAGGUUUUUUUUGCACGGGAAUGGACUUAGAACAGCUCAAGCAAGUAUUGAAAUAAAAAAACCGGAUGCACUGAUGCUAAAAAUAUUUACUUUUGAUAACUUGUGAAUGUUUUUUUAUUAAAAGAUAAUUGUGAAUUUUAAUAAAAUGUUACAUGUA